ACUUUCUUCGCCGUCACUUUAUCCAUAAAGUUAUUUUGAAUCAAGAUGGCGGUGUGGAUGCCGCUGUCAUCCAAGAUGACAGCCUCUCUGCGCCGCACUUUCUUCCGGAGAGCUCAGGGUUCCUCUAUCGAAGUAAUGAAAACCGUAAUGUCGUGUCGCAGACGAGACUACGUGGCGGAAGCCCGGCAUGAGGCGGCAACGGAGAACAGCGGGGGCUUCAGCGGCCCCCUGGAUCACUACAGCGGGCUGAUCCGGGACGGAAUCCUGCGGGAGGACGAGCACCAAAGAGCCGUGAUGCGCAAACUGGACCAGCUGCACGAAACGCUCCGCGGAUACGACAACGCGACCACGUCCAUCUUCCAAAAGUUUUUCACCAGGCCGAAGCCCCCCAGGGGUUAUUACAUUUACGGCGAUGUGGGCACGGGUAAAACCAUGGUGAUGGAUAUGUUUUACUCGCACGUGGAGACGGAAAAGAAAAAGAGGGUCCACUUCCACGGCUUCAUGUUGGACGUCCACAAACGGAUCCAUCGGCUGAAGCAAAGUCUGCCGAAGAGGAAAGCGGGCAAGAUGGCCAAAUCGUACGACCCCAUCGCGCCCGUCGCCGAGGAGAUCAGCGAGGAAGCUUGUUUGCUGUGCUUUGACGAGUUUCAGGUGACGGACAUCGCCGACGCCAUGAUUCUCAAGCAGCUUUUUGAGAACCUGUUUCUCCGCGGCGUGGUCGUCGUGGCCACGUCCAAUCGCAUCCCUGAAGACUUGUAUAAAAACGGGCUGCAGAGGGUCAAUUUUGUGCCUUUUAUUGCCGUGUUGCAGAAAUAUUGCCAAACUCUUCGUCUGGAUUCAGGGAUCGACUACCGCAAGAGGAACAGAAGCUCCGCGGCGAAACUCUACUUCCUUUCCAGCGAGCCUGACGCAGAAGAGACGCUUGACAAGCUUUUUGACGAGCUGGCCUUCAACCAGAAUGACAUAACGCGACCGAGAGUGCUGAACGUGCACAACAGGAAAGUUCGUCUGAACAAAGCAUGCGGGACCAUUCUGGACUGCACAUUUGAGGAGCUGUGUGACAGGCCUCUCGGGGCCAGCGACUACCUGGAGAUCUCGCGCCUGUUUGACACCGUCUUCAUCCGGCACAUCCCGCUGCUGACACUCAACAAGAAAACGCAAGCGCGGCGACUCAUCACGCUGGUGGACGCGCUCUACGACCACAAGGUGCGCGUGGUGAUCCUGGCCGAUCACCCGCUGGAGGAGGUCUUUGUUCUUGAGGGCGACCACGGCCAUGACGAGAGCCACAUCCUCAUGGACGAGCUGGGACUUAAAAGAGAAGAGGCUAGCAGCCUGUCCAUCUUCAGUGGCGAAGAAGAGAUGUUCGCCUUCCAAAGGACCGUCUCCAGACUCACUGAGAUGCAGAGUGAACAAUACUGGCUGGAGGGAGACCGCAGUGCCAAGUCCAAAGCCUAAUUGUUACCUCCAGAUUUUGCCAUUAUUGUAUAUUUUUUUGGGGUGGGGGGGGGGUAUUUUUGUUAAUACCAGACAAGUUUUAAAAAAACAACUUUAAUCACCAAUACUCCAUUUUAUUCUCAUAUUACUUUAAUCCUGCAAAUUUAUGAAUAUUUUU